AGGGGGGACAUUAUUUCCCUAAAUAAUAGAAAUUAGCAGCCAUCUUUCCUAAAAAAAAAGCCUCACCCCUUGUGCACAGCCUUUAUCGGUGCCUGCUCGCGAGCCCCCUCCUGGCAUCCCAUGGGUUAAUAGCCGGGGUGCGAAGAAAGGGAUCACGAUUGCAAUAUAAACUGCAGUCAAUCAGGGGGAGGGGGCCAUGAGAGGGCCACUGGGGAACGAAGAGGAUCCGAUGGAGGACAUGGAGAAUGAAGACAUGUCAGAGGAUGAAGAUCUGGGUAUGGAGGCCAUAGAUGACUUCUUUCCUGACGAACAGGUCACCAUUCAAAAAAGAAAAAAGUCCAAAAAGUCUAAGGAAAAUAAAGUGACCAAGACAAAAAGAAGGAAAAAAGAGGGAAGUGAUGAGGAUCCAUCAGAAAUUGAAGAUGAGAUCGAGGUGGAGAAGUCAGAAAGUGAUGGCAGUGACUACGCCCCCAAUAAGAAAAAGAAGAAAAAAAUGAAGGAGAAGAAAGAGAAGAAAUCAAAACGAAAAAAGAAGGAUGGAGAAGAUGAAGACAAUGAAGAAGGAUGUGUAAAGGAGCCAAAGACCUCAGCACAGCUGAUGGAGGAAUGGGGACUGGACAACGUGGACUAUGCCUUCUCCGAGGAAGACUACCAUACACUGACCAAUUACAAGGCAUUCAGUCAGUUUCUCAGACCUUUAAUAGCAAAGAAAAACCCUAAGAUUCCAAUGUCCAAGAUGAUGACCGUGCUGGGCGCCAAAUGGCGGGAAUUCAGUGCCAAUAACCCGCUAAAGGGCAGCUCGGCAGCUGCGGCUGCUGCUGCUGUGGCUGCGGCUGUUGAGACUGUGGCAGUUGCUACUCCGCUGUUAGUUCCUCCUCCACCAUCUGCUCAACCGCCUCCUAUAAGAAAGGCCAAGACCAAGGAAGGGAAAGGGCCCGGUGUUAGGAAAAAAUCUAAAUCCAAAGACUCAAAGAAGAAAGGAAAAGGAAAGAAACUUGCAAAUCUGAAGUUUAAAUUUGGAGGCAUGGCAAGCAAAAGGAGAAAAGGCUCUUCGAGUGAAGAGGACGAGAGAGAGGAGUCGGACUUUGACAGCUCCAGUAUCAACAGCUCCUCUAUCCGGUCGGAUAUUCUAGCAAAGAAAGGAAAACGAGGGAAGAAAAAAAGUAAAAGGAUUGAAGUUGGAGAAGGAGACGGAUAUGAAACAGACCACCAGGACUACUGUGAAGUCUGUCAGCAGGGAGGAGAGAUAAUACUUUGUGACACGUGUCCUCGUGCCUAUCACCUUGUCUGCCUGGAUCCAGAGCUGGAGAAAGCCCCUGAGGGCAAGUGGAGCUGUCCUCACUGCGAGAAAGAAGGCAUCCAAUGGGAGCCAAAGGAAGAAGAGGAGGAUGAAGAGGAUGCUGGAGAGGAAGAGGAUGAAGAAGAUGACCAUAUGGAGUUUUGUCGUGUCUGUAAAGAUGGAGGGGAGCUCCUGUGUUGUGACACUUGCCCCUCCUCCUACCAUUUGCACUGUCUUAACCCACCUUUGCCUGAAAUACCAAACGGGGAAUGGUUAUGCCCGCGCUGCACUUGUCCGCCUUUAAAAGGCAAAGUUCAAAGGAUUCUUCAUUGGGUAUGGAGAGAACCCCCUACAUGCAUAUCAGGACCUCCAGAUGAGAUCGAUCCACUGAUGCCACCUCCAAAGCCCAUGGAAGGCAUUCCGGAACGUGAAUUUUUUGUCAAGUGGGCAGGACUCUCCUAUUGGCACUGCUCAUGGGUGAAGGAGUUACAGCUCGAGCUUUACCACACAGUGAUGUUCCGGAAUUACCAAAGAAAGAACGACAUGGAUGAUCCACCUGCGUUUGAUUAUGGAUCAGGGGAUGAGGAAGGCAAGAGUGAGAAACGGAAAACGAAAGACCCUGAAUAUGCAAAAAUGGAAGAGAAGUAUUAUCGAUAUGGCAUAAAGCCGGAGUGGAUGAUGAUACACCGGAUAAUGAACCACAGCUUUGAUAAGAAGGGAGAUGUUCAUUAUCUGAUUAAGUGGAAGGACCUGCCCUAUGACCAGUGCACUUGGGAAAUUGACGACAUUGACAUUCCAGAUUAUGAAGCUCUAAAACAAGCCUAUUGGGAUCACAGAGAGUUGAUGUUGGGAGACGACUCCAGAACUCCUAGCCAAUUUAAGAAAAACAGGAAAUUAAAGGAAGACCUUUCACAGAAACCUCCUUUAACACCAAUAGUUGAUCCUACAGUUAAAUUCGAUAAGCAGCCAUGGUACAUCAAUGCCACCGGUGGUACGUUGCACCCAUAUCAACUGGAGGGAUUGAACUGGCUUAGGUUCUCAUGGGCACAGGGCACAGACACCAUCCUUGCAGACGAGAUGGGUCUUGGGAAGACUGUCCAAACUAUCGUGUUCCUCUACUCCUUGUAUAAAGAGGGCCAUUCUAAAGGUCCUUACCUUGUCAGUGCUCCCUUGUCCACAAUCAUCAACUGGGAGCGGGAAUUUGAAAUGUGGGCACCGGAGUUCUACGUGGUCACUUACACCGGUGAUAAGGACAGCCGCGCCGUCAUCAGAGAGAAUGAAUUCUCCUUUGAGGACAAUGCCAUCAAGAGCGGGAAGAAGGUGUUUCGAAUGAAAAAAGAAGCGCAAAUAAAAUUCCACGUGCUCCUCACAUCUUAUGAGCUCAUCACCAUUGACCAUGCCAUUCUGGGCUCCAUUGAAUGGGCAUGUCUUGUGGUGGAUGAAGCUCACCGACUGAAAAACAACCAGUCAAAAUUCUUUAGGGUAUUAAAUAGCUACAAGAUUGACUACAAACUGCUGCUAACUGGAACCCCGCUGCAGAAUAACCUGGAGGAGCUCUUCCACCUUCUUAACUUCCUCACUCCUGAAAGAUUCAACAAUCUGGAUGGCUUCCUGGAAGAAUUUGCUGACAUCUCUAAGGAAGACCAAAUUAAAAAACUUCAUGACUUACUAGGGCCUCACAUGCUGCGGAGGCUGAAAGCAGAUGUCUUCAAGAACAUGCCAGCCAAAACAGAAUUAAUAGUGCGAGUGGAGCUUAGCCAAAUGCAGAAGAAGUAUUAUAAGUUCAUUUUAACCAGAAAUUUUGAAGCCUUGAAUUCCAAAGGAGGUGGAAACCAGGUCUCCUUGCUGAAUAUAAUGAUGGAUUUAAAGAAGUGCUGCAAUCACCCGUACCUCUUUCCUGUUGCUGCUGUGGAGGCUCCAGUCUUGCCAAAUGGAUCUUAUGAUGGGAGUUCCUUAGUGAAAUCGUCUGGAAAAUUAAUGCUGCUACAGAAGAUGUUGAAAAAGUUAAAGGAUGAAGGACACAGAGUCCUCAUUUUUUCACAGAUGACUAAAAUGCUGGAUUUACUUGAAGACUUUCUUGAGUAUGAAGGCUAUAAGUACGAGCGAAUAGACGGAGGAAUUACAGGAGGGCUGCGUCAGGAGGCAAUUGACAGGUUUAAUGCUCCAGGUGCUCAGCAGUUUUGUUUUUUAUUGUCUACCCGAGCUGGAGGAUUAGGAAUAAACUUAGCUACUGCAGAUACUGUCAUUAUUUAUGACUCAGACUGGAACCCGCACAACGAUAUACAGGCUUUCAGCCGUGCUCACAGAAUCGGGCAGAAUAAAAAAGUCAUGAUAUAUCGGUUUGUCACCAGAGCCUCCGUAGAGGAAAGGAUUACCCAGGUGGCAAAGAGGAAAAUGAUGCUGACCCAUCUAGUAGUACGGCCAGGUCUGGGGUCCAAAUCCGGCUCCAUGUCAAAGCAGGAACUGGACGAUAUCUUGAAAUUUGGAACAGAAGAGCUUUUCAAGGAUGAUGUUGAAGACCAUCACUGUGGCAACUUAACCAUAUGCAAGAAAACUGGUGACAAUAAGGACGUUGAAGACAGCAGUGUCAUCCAUUACGAUGAUGGUGCCAUCUCAAAACUUCUGGAUAGAAACCAGGACGCCACCGAGGACACAGAAAUCCAGAACAUGAAUGAAUAUCUGAGUUCUUUCAAAGUGGCGCAGUAUGUCGUGCGAGAAGAUGACGGAGUGGAGGAGGUUGAACGGGAAAUUAUUAAACAAGAAGAGAAUGUCGAUCCUGAUUAUUGGGAGAAGCUCCUUCGUCAUCAUUAUGAACAGCAGCAGGAAGAUCUGGCAAGGAAUCUUGGAAAAGGAAAAAGAAUCCGCAAGCAAGUGAACUACAACGAUGCUUCACAGGAGGACCAAGAAUGGCAAGAUGAACUUUCUGACAACCAAUCAGAAUAUUCCAUUGGUUCAGAGGAUGAAGAUGAAGACUUUGAAGAGAAGCCUGAAGGUCAGAGUGGGAGGAGACAAUCUCGUAGACAACUGAAAAGUGACAGAGACAAGCCUCUUCCUCCGCUUCUUGCUCGGGUUGGAGGAAAUAUUGAGGUUCUUGGGUUUAAUGCUCGACAACGCAAGGCCUUCUUAAAUGCUAUAAUGAGGUGGGGGAUGCCCCCACAGGAUGCCUUUAAUUCACACUGGCUUGUCCGGGAUCUCCGAGGAAAGAGUGAGAAAGAAUUUAG